GAUUUCCUCCCCACGCCCGGCACGCUGGUAAUGCCGUGGCUUACGUGGAAGCGUGGCUUCCUUAACUAUCUUGAGGCGACUGACGCCGACGGUUUUCCGUCAAAGCAGAGAAGGGCGAUCUUGCUGUCCUUUUUGGGAGAAGAAGGGAAUCGCGUCGUGGAUGCGUUUGGCCUCGCUGGCCCGGCCGUUGGCGCGGCCCAGGUUGAGUUUCAGGUGUUAUUGUCCGCUCUGGACACUCACUUCGCUUCCGCUCAGAACGUUGUCGUCGAACACAGGAAGUUUGUCACAAGGGUGCAGGGCCCAGGGGAGACGGUCCUGGAGUAUCUUGGGGCGCUUCGGCGCUUAGCCUCGUUUUGCGACUACGGAGAGUCGUUGGAAAGCCGCGUCGCGGAAAUGUUUAUCUCGGGAAUCCGUAACGCGGAAGUCCAAGAUCGUCUUAUCAGAGAGUCCGGUGGAGCUCAUGCACCGAGCCUCGAGCGUGCUGUCCAGCUGGCGCAGCAAUUCGAGUGGACGUCUCGUGAUUGCGAUCUUUUCCGACGCUUAUCGCUAGACGCAACCCCGAACGCGCCGCACGUGGUCGAGCGGAUCCAAGAUGGACGCGGUCGCGACCGAGAUGCUCAACAUGGCGGGCAGCCUCCCCGCCGCCGCGGAUCUUCCCCCCCGAGGCGUGAGCGUCCCCUUCCUCCUCCCCCGUCUCCGUCACAGCGAGAGCCCUCCUACUCUUCCCUUCCGAGGCGGGGGCCUCCCUCUCCUCCGUCGGGACGCGCGCGGACUUUCCCUCUCCCGCCGCGUCAAGACCGCCGGCAGUUGCGAGCUCCCUCCCGCCCGUUCUCCGGUGCGCGCCCACGUGACCCUCCCCCCGGGGCGCGUCCUCCCGUUCGCGAGGGCGGAUGUUUUUUUUGCGGAAGACGGAGCCACCCGCGGGAUGAGUGCCCAGCAUCGGGAGCCACAUGCUUCUUGUGUGGCCGUGAGGGACAUUUUGCAAAUGUGUGUCGAAGCCGACCGAGGGGCGACCGGGAUCAUCGACAACUGGCCCUUCCUGCUGGCCGGCGGGUCUCUGCCCGCGGCUACUACGACCGUCGCCAAGCUGGUCCGACACGCACACCCGUGCGAGGCGUCUGCACGUUCUCGGAGUAUGACGAAGACGAGAUGUGGCCUGGCGUUUACACGGUGGGGUCACCCGGUGGUCGCCGGGAGCAGCGACCUGGUCCCCAGCGCCGGAGUUUCACGGCCGAUGUAGAGCUGCUCCCGGAACAGCCGUCCCGGGACAUGUAACCGAGGCUGAGGUCCCGCAGCCAUCGUCCACGGCGGACGCAAGU